CGCUUAGCUUGAGCGUACAGUCUUCACCUCGAUGUUCUCUUCCAUGUCGACUAAGAGCAUCUACGCUUCGGGAUCCGAAAGAAGUUCAUAUUCGCAGUCGCAAUUGCCGGACCAGGAUCACAUAGGAUUGGGUGCUGAAAGGCAACAUCAAUUCCUGCGCAUCAAAAUGGCACCCUUGACCACGUCGCUCGAUGUGCAGCUCAGGAGCGAGGCAGAGGAUGGCUCUGCAGCCAUAUAUAGCGGUUGUCUGGAUCAAGAGUGGACGAUAGGCUCGGUCCCCAAUGGAGGCUACUCUUUGUCCGCCAUCAUAAAUGCAGCUCAAGCGUUCCAAAGGAGCGAGAAACAAAACUCUGCACAUGUGGACCCGUUUCAUUGCGCUGCUACCUACCUGGCUGCUGCUCAAGCCGGAUCUCACGAGGUGCACUUGACGGUGCUCAAAAAGGGCAGAGGCUUUACCAACCUCGAAGGCAGGCUCGUGCAGCGCGCUAAAGAUGGCAAACAUACGACGCGCAUCGUCGCACACAUCAUCAUGACAUCCUUUGCCGCUCGAGAAUCUGAUCGCUCUCUGGACAGGUACACCAUCCGACCUGGCAGCAAAUUUCACGUUUCUUGCCCAAUCAGUCCUUUUCCCCAAUGUCAAGGUCCGAGCAAAGCUUUCCAGAUCGAAAAGAUGAGCAUGAGAAAUAGACUGGUUGUCUAUACGGACAAGGAGCAGAACAAGAAAGCAAGAGAGGAGGGCAGGUUGGCUUGGGGCGCUUGGAUGGAUGCUCGAAAAGAAGACGAGCGGCAUAAGACGCGAGCUGGAGUCAGCAACAAUGUCGUGGCACUCUUUGCAGACAUGACAAAUCACCCUCAAGGAGUAGACGUAGACCAGAGCCAGUUAUGGUUCCCGACACUGCAGCUGGUGUUGGAGUUCAAGCGGGCGCUGCCUCAAGAAGUGCCACUCUUGAGAAUGGGCGUCUUUGCCACUGGCAAGUUCUCAAUCCAAGGCCAAACAGAUCAAGAUUGCGAGGUGUGGUCGCACCCAGAGGACGCUGAGCUUCUGGGACAGCCGGCAAACUCGGGAUCUCACAUCUUGGCCAUGUGCAGACAGGUUGCCUUGACGCUGGACAUUUCGAUCAACAAAGGUUUCAAAGCAGGCAAUAAUGACAAAGAUGCUGCUCGCGGCCCCAAGAACAGCAGAUUGUGACGAUGAUGUACGGGGCCGUGACGUUGUUCGCCAAGUAAUCUACUCGUUUUCAUU